CAAGCUGAUCAGCGCAGUCGCCGACAUUCAAUAAUUGCUUUCAACUGCUGGUCGGUCACAUUUGAGGAGGGAAAGGAGAUGCUAUUAUCGUGGAUGAAUAGGGCCAGAAUCUUGAAAUAAGAGCACGGCCUCUUCCUUCUUUGGCAGCAUAUACCCGCAAUUGACCCAACAAUUCCUGGCAUCAUGUCCAUGUCCGCGUCGACUCCUUCUUUCAUCGACGAGCCGUCGCCCUACUCCUCCAACGAGCACGAUGAUGUCGACUCUCUUCCAGAAUCUGAAACAUCCAGUUCUCUCGAAAGCGAAGAAGAUUCGGAUGCUGAGCGCGAAUGGAGGGAAAGCUUGGAGCAGCUCGAGCUGCUUUUGACCAUGGUUGUGGUCCCGUAUCUGGGGAAAUACUUUGGCCGAAAAUGCGCGUACUGGGGGUGGUCCAAAUUCAUGGAAUGGAAGUAUCCUGUCGAAGUGGUUGUCACUAGUCCAGCAGCAUUCAAGGGCGCUGGUGCGGUCGAGGCAGCAGCGUCACUUUGAAUAUAUUUUUUGUCUCAGAAAGGGAAGCAGCGCUCCUCUUUCGAACUCUCUUGUGUAUUGUCGAAAGCUCGGAUACGAGUUUCAAAGUCAAAAUGGGCGGUCGGUACAUUCGGUUUGGCGUUUUGGAUUGUUUCAGCUGGCAUUGCAUAUUGCAUAGAAUAAUAAGGGUUUGAACUCUAGUUCAAAUAGUGAAAAUAGACAUACCUCAGCGCAGGUGCUGACGACAAUUCAAUAUACAAAUUCAGAAAG